UCAACCAGGUGGAUCAUAUGGUGGCACCAGUGGAUCAUAUGGGCAGGGUCAACCAGGUGGAUCAUAUGGUGGCACCAGUGGAUCAUAUGGGCAGGGUCAACCAGGUGGAUCAUAUGGUGGCACCAGUGGAUCAUAUGGGCAGGGUCAACCAGGUGGAUCAUAUGGUGGCACCAGUGGAUCAUAUGGGCAGGGUCAACCAGGUGGAUCAUAUGGUGGCACCAGUGGAUCAUAUGGGCAGGGUCAACCAGGUGGAUCAUAUGGUGGCACCAGUGGAUCAUAUGGGCAGGGUCAACAAGGCGGAUCAUAUGGUAGCACCAGUGGAUCAUAUGGACAGAACUCCUCUUCCUCUGGAGGCAAUCAGACUAGUGGACAGGGAUCCUCAGGAGGAACCCAGUCUGGUAAUCAGAGUGCAUCAUCUUCAGGAAGCAAGCCUUCUGGAGGACAGACUGGCUGUUAUUGCCCAGGAAGGGUUUCUGGAUCUUAUGGUGGACAAGCUAGCCAACAUGGUGGUAGACAAGAGUCAGCAAAUGCCCAAUAUGGUGGUGGACAAGAAAGCCAAUAUGGUGGCAGCAAACAAUAUGGUGGUGGAAGAGACAGCUCCUAUGGUGGCAGCAGCCAAUAUGGUGGUGGACAAGGCAGCCAAUAUGGUGGCAGCAGCCAAUAUGGUGGUGGACAAGGAGGCUCCUAUGGUGGCAGUAGCCAGUAUGGUGGUGGACAGGGUGGCUCCUAUGGUGGCAGCAGCCAAUAUGGUGGCAGACAAGGAUGCCAGUGUGAAGGCAGCAGUCAGUAUGGUGGUGGACAAGGCAGCCAACAUGGAGGAAACGUAA